AUUCUAAGGUGACUGUAUGUCAGUAUGUAGGAUGGACAGAUUGAUAAUCAAUCAAAACCUAACAAAAGUAGUAGCUCUACUUGUCCUCUUGGUCGCCCAAGUCUGUUCUAGUAUUAUUUGUACUUCAGGAACUUGUCGCAACGAGUCGAUACAGAUAGGAAGAAACAGAGGAGAAGGGGGGUUAUUAGUACCGAUGGAGCCGACGAAGCAUCAGAUCUACUCGGAUGGCAUCAGCAACGGAGGUGGGAGUAAAGGACGAAGGUUGGCACCGUUUCAGCUAUGCUUGCAGUGUAGGUGCUGCGCGGCAAGUGGGGAUCCAAGCACUUGCGUCAACAUGCCCUGCUGCUUCGGCAUCGAUUGCCAGCUCCCUGACAAGCCCUUUGGCGUCUGCGCUUUCGUUCCCAAGUCUUGCAAUUGUACCACUUGUGCUACAUAAAACCCUGAAUCAGUGAACGCGUCAUACUUGAUAU